GACUGGCGCACCAUUUUCUGUAAGGCCGGCCACGUAAACUGUAAACUUUUAUAAAUUCAAGUAUUUACCGGUCGUUCAACAUCGAAAGAUUAUCUCCUACAAACAUGGAUCAAGCUAAGGAGGUGUUCGAGAAACUGGCACUGCUAGUUACCACUCCUGACUGCUAUGAUGAAUUUUUCAACAAGAUGAACUUUAUGCAUGUGCCAUGUCUGAAGUCAACACUAAGCAAAGGACUGGGGCUUGGAAUAGUUGCUGGAUCUUCCCUGGUGAAAGUCCCCCAGGUGCUGAAGAUCCUCAUGAACAAGAGUGCUGAGGGCAUCAGCAUCUAUGGCGUACUGAUGGAGCUGUUUGCUGUGACGGCCGCCACUGCCUACUGCUUUGUACAGCAGUAUCCGUUCAGCGCGUACGGCGAGGGCGUGUUCCUGAUCCUGCAGACGGCGCUGAUCGCUGCGCUGGUCCUGCUCUUCUCUGGUCAGCGGGUACUGACGUUCCUCUUCUGCGCGCUCUACCCGGCCGCGCUCUACUACCUGGUGGCCGGCUUCGCGCCCAUGGACGUCCUAUGGGCACUGCAGUCGGCCAACGUGCCCAUCAUCGUGGCCGCUAAGCUGAUCCAGGUGGUAACCAACUACCGCGCCGGCUCGACGGGCCAGCUCUCUGCCAUCACGGUGAUGCUGCUGUUCCUCGGCUCCCUGGCGCGCAUCUUCACGUCGGUCCAGGAGACCGGCGACACCACGCUCAUCGUCACCUUCAUAGCCACGUCCUUCGUCAACGGACUGCUGGCCGCCCAGGUUGUCUACUACUGGAACGCCCAGCCCGCCGGCGCAAAGCCAGCCGCUGGUAAAAACGCCGCCAAGAAGAAGGCCGGCAAAAAGGCCAAGAAGACGGACUGAUGCGGCCGAUUAGGAACCUCUAGGUGCACUUUGUGAGGUGCUUUUAGUGGGCGAUUUGACUGAUUGAGACUAGAGAUUCCAUGACUGGUUGGGUGAGCCUGAUGCCGAGCGUGUUUGUACACCAAAGUGCAGAUGAUUCAGAUGUGGUGGUUAUAUUUACACUUUGUUACGAGUGUAUCCGGGAAUGAAUGUCUUAGAUUGGUCGGGGUGGUUAUGUGUGUUCCGUGUGAGAACAUGGUACAAACGUAUUGCGCACUAUGCAAUGCAUUGUCUAUCCAUCGCUGCACCAGGGGUAUCAGAAAUUAUGAACUCUGAUUCUUCUGUCCACCUUCUCGGCACAUGCAUCCACUGCCAUUACGGCCGCGGAGGGUUUCAACUGCAGCCUAGGGCCGCAGCUCAACGAAUGGUGACGGCUGAUUAUUGUUUCCAUAAAUCACUGAGUACCUAUUAUUGUUGUGAUUUCGCGGUAUCCGUCUAUGCAUACUCGCAUUUACUGUUGGGUCUCUUGCUCAAAUACAAUCCAAAGAAAUGGUU